ACAGAGAGACAGGCGGAGAGGUCCUGUCACAGCAAAGCGAUAACACUAGUCUGAACAAAAAAAUAACAGAUAACGAGCUACUCUGCUUUGGUUUGCUGUGACCAGCAAAUCCGGGCUCUGGGCGGCUAAAUAACAUACUAUAACAUCGGAAUAUUGCAACACCAGAGCCAAUCUCACUAAUCAGUCGGUAUCAGCCUAGUUUAAUGUGUUGCCGUGAAGCCUUAACUAUCUCUCUUUCCCUCUCAGACCAAAGAAAAAAAGAGACAGCCAAGACACUGUCACCCCGUCCGACAUCAUCAACAAACAAAAACCCCACAAAGAGACGAACCAGCCAACCAGCCAGCCAGCCAGCCAGCCACCAUCUUAACAGGCUGCUGAAAGAGACACACACAGAGAAAAGAGGCUAAUGCUUAUUUUGAUCAACAGGUUGUUAAGGUGAUGGUGGACUCUGACAACCGAGACUGAGGACCUAAACCAGUACCAAAAAAAUAAAAAAAGACUGGACAGCAAGAAGUGCAGCCUACAUAAUAUUUCGAACACGGAUCUACAACACACUUGAUCAAACUCAAAGCUGCAUUGCACAGCUGUUAAGCAUAAGAGGAGCAACGGCCCUGGACCAAAGGUAGCCGAUGCUACGUGGAGUUUAAGACCUUCUUAAACCAAAGUCAAAGAACGGACCUGUGUGGAGUUACGUGGACCUGAUAAAGAAAUGGAGGGAUAUUAGUUUGGGCCUGACGCCUGGCUUCUGCUUCCCAUUAUUGCGUGGAGUACGGAGGGACAGUAGCCGAACUGUUGGCUGCUGCUGGACGGACCGGCACGGCUUAGGGUCGAAUCAAGCCGCUUCAACAGAGCUGAUGCCAAGGCCAGGAGUCAGCCAUGAUGUUUUUAUAACCUGAUGAUCAGCAGAGAGAUGGUGAGGAAGAAGAAUCCCCCUAUCCGGAGUGUGGGAGGUGAGGAGGAGGAGGAAGAAGAGGGGAGGAAGCCGGCAGGAGAAGAGGAAGAGGAGGGAGAGGAGGAAGGGAGAGUGGGAGCAGAGGCCGAACGAAUAAACCGACCAUCUGAACCCGAAUCCUCCGACCGGAUCAGAGGAGAUGAGGAGCCGGAGGAGGAGGAGGAGGAGGAGGAGGGAGAAAGCGAGUGUGUGUCCUCAUCUGUCUCUCCCUCAUCAGUUGGUGAGCGCUACAGCAAUGAGGGGAGAGGGGGGAGGAGAGCAGGAGGGGGGAAGGCCAAACAAGGAGAAGCGGGAUUGACAGACAGACCCGAGAGCCAGUCGGAACCUGAGGAUGGGGAGAAGGGGGCAGAGGAAGGAGAGAGGAGCGAAAGAGACAGAGGGAGGGACGAUUAUCUCACGGCUCCUCUCCUCUCUGCUCCCCUCCUCCCCCCCAGACAGGAAGGAGGGGAGGAGUCCACAACUGACACCCCUCCACUUUCCUCCAGCCCCUCUCCUAAACUCCAGGACUUCAAGUGCAACGUGUGCGGUUACGGUUACUACGGCAACGACCCCGCCGACCUGGUGAAGCACUUUAGGAAGUAUCACCUGGGUCUGCACAAUCGCACACGGCAGGAUGCUGCCCUCGACACACACAUCCUGGCACUCCACAACAUGGCUCCCCAACACACUCCUCUAGAUAUACAAGCAGGACAGGGGCAGAGGAACCAAGCCAAAGAGUUGGGGAAAACAAGACCAGAUAUGCACAUUCAACAGCACAGGACAGUCAUGAUGAAUGGCACGUAUGACGUACAGGUGAUGCUGGGUGGCACGCUAAUUGGGAUUGGCCGGAAGACCUCUGAUUGCCAGGGGAAUACGAAGUACUUUCGCUGCAAAUUCUGCAACUUCACCUACAUGGGCAGUAACUCCCUAGAACUUGAGCAACACUUUGUGUCCUCGCAUCCAAAUAAAGUCAAAACUCCACCCUCCACCCCCCUGCUGGCCACCAAUAACCUGGCAACGCACGACAACCAGGGGAAGGGGAGGAGUCAAAUCCUAGACGGCGCUGAGCGAGUCGCCGUGAGAGCGGACGACGAUUCCUUGGCCGGGUACUCCAUCCCAGUGAGGGCGUGUUCAGAUUCGUCAGGCUGGACAGGGGAGCCGGGUCGAGAUGCUGUGCAGACAUAUUAUUGGUGUAAAUUCUGUAGCUGGAGUUGUGAGUGGUCAGGGGGCUCGGCGAAGCUUUUAGAGCACUAUGAACAAAGACAUAGAAUGAGCACGGGAGGUACUAUGAGCCCCAGCAACUCUAAUCCUGGGGGGAUGGACAGAGAGAGGGAGAGAGGAGGGAGAAGAGAAGGAGAAGAACGAGGCCACAUGACAUCCAAAAGCCGCAAAGAUCUAUCAUCCAACCCAUCCAGCACCAGCCAAGGAGACCCAAACAGCAGUGAUUCAGAAGCUGUCGUGACCAGUUAUAACUGUCAGUUGUGCGAUUUCCGGUACUCAAUGGCCCAUAGUGCAGAUGUGAUCGUAGUAGCACCGUUACUACUGCACUACCAGCACAACCACUCCAUCCACCGAUGCUGCAUUCAGCACUGCAUGUAUUGUCCACAGGGGCUCUGUCAGCCACAUAAACACCUGGGGGAGGUGUCUCACCCCUUUGCUUGUCGGAGGCCCUCCUGCCCUAAAUGCUGUUCCAAGUUUCCUCCGUCCACCAAGCAGCAGGACUCCAUCGGAUCGAAACCUGCUACCGCCACCUCACCUAGCAUGACCCCUCCUAAUCCUAGAGGGGACCCCGGGGUGAUUUCGGGAUCAACUUUUCGCCCCUAUGACCCUGCCCAUCCUGUUGUCACACAAGGUGUCACCCACUUGUGUGACCAGUGUGCUUUUGCUACCACCGACAUUGACGUGUUGCUCCAGCACUACGAAAGCUGCCACACCCUCAUUAACCUAAAGGGGGCAGCGCCACAUGUCAAGGCCGAGGAAGAGGUUGGCGGAGACAAGGAAGGGGGGAGAGGAGGUGGAGGAGAGAGGGAGUACUCUUGUACAAAGUGUCACUUCAUCACGGAAGUGGAAGAAGAGAUUUUUAGACACUACAGGCGUGUCCACGCGUGUUGCCGUUGUCGACGCUGUGACUUCACAGCUCCUGAUUCGUCAGCCCUCCUCGACCAUUUUAACUCGGCCCACUGUCAUGACUCCUCUCCCUCAUUAAGCUCACUGACAACGACCUCCUUACCCACCUCACUGACGCCUUCGUUAACACACUCAGCCAAUGGCUGCUCAGCUCCCUCUACCUUAGCCAUUAAAGAAGAAAGCAAGGGGGAUCUUCGCCUCCUCUACUCCCUUGCACCGCCUGAGGGACUGUUGGCAGAAGGAGGCAGAGAAGAGGCAGGAGGGGUGGUAAAAAGUGAGGGAGGUGAGGAGAAAGAAAGAGAGCGGGAGAAAGGCUGGGUUCUUGGGGAGACAAGAGGACUAGGGGAAAGAGGAGGUGAGCAGGCCCACGGUUUGCUCUGGGUGCCCAAGGAGCGAAUGGGACCAGAACGAGGAGUAGAAAGAGGAGCAGGAGGUGGAAGCCCCUCUCUUUUCUCCUCCCCACUCUCAUUGUCGUUUGUUUCAGCCAAUCAUGAGGCCUUGCAGCAGAAAAGAGGCGUAGCUUCGCCUAGCAUGGUUUACCUGGGAGACACCAAGUCAUUUUUGGGAGACACCAAGUCGUUUUUGGGAGAUACCAAGCUGUACAGCGUAGGAAGGCCAGGAGGAGCCUGUGCAGGUGGAGGCGGAGGGGAGAAACAGAGCCAGAUGCCUCAGCAGUACACAGGAGGAGGAGGAGGAGGAGGAGGAGGAGGAGGAGGAGGAGGGAGUGGCGCUGGAGGAGGGCAGGAGAAAGGAGGAGCCGCUAAAGAGGAGUCGCAAUCCCUUCUACGGCGCCGCAGAGGCAGCGGGGUCUUCUGUGCAAACUGUCUGACCACCAAGACAUCGUUGUGGAGGAAGAACGCAAAUGGAGGCUACGUCUGCAACGCAUGUGGUUUAUACCAAAAACUGCAUUCGACACCCAGACCUCUAAACAUCAUAAAGCAGAACAACGGUGAACAAAUCAUCCGCCGCCGAACCCGAAAACGGCUCAACCCUGAUUCGCUGUCAUCUGAGACCCCCGCCCCAAAACAACAACGCAUCACCAGCGAGGAGCGCGUGAAUGGCGAGGAGUUGGACAGAAGCUGUGCAUCGAUCAAAAACCAGCAGCCUUCCCCUCGCUCACGCUCACCCCGAUCCACUCAAGCCUUUCUAGCCAAUCAAACAUUGGAGAUCCACCGACGCAUGCCUCCUCUGCUCCUCCCUUCACAUCCCCCCUCCUCAUUGGUAGCUGAGGGCAAUGGGGGCAUUGUUGAGGGAGGGAUAAUAUCAAAAGUAGAGGGAGGUAAAGGAGGAGGGGGAUCAGAAAGAGGCAGUCCGAUUGAAAAGUACAUGCGUCCAUCCAAACCGUCUAGUUAUUCGCCUCCUGGUUCACCGAUUGAAAAGUAUCAGUACCCCCUUUUCUCCUUACCCCUUCCAUUAACCCUCUCACCUGAUUUGACCCCUGAGUCUGAUUGGCUCAGAUUCUGGACCAAGUAUAAGAUGGCAGCUGCCUCUGGGGUUCCUGGUAGCAUCAGUAAUCUAAGCAGCCCUGGUAGCCUUGGAAAUAACGCUCAUUAUCUCGGUGCAAUGGUGGCUCCAGUGCAGCAUCAUCAGCAAAGCUACACCGUGCCUUACUGCGCCUCUCCCUACUCUCCUCUGCCCCCUCCUCCAGCCCCUCCUCACUAUCCUCCUCCUCCUCUUCAUUCCCAAACCUCAUCACCAUCAUUAGAAAACGAUGCUCCUUUGGAUCUCGCAAUAAGACAAAGAGAUACAAGUGCUGCACAUGCACACAUGUCAACAAAUGGUGCAGAGAGGAGAAGGCAAGAGUCGCCACUUGCUGAGAGGUUGAGGGAAAACUGGAAAGGGGAGAAAGAGGAGGAAGAGGAGAGGAUAGAUGAAGGAGGGAACCAUAGGGAGGAGAUAGGAAAGGAGGAAAAGGAUCAUUCGACAAAAGGUCGGUCAAGUGUCGCAUCGAAUCCCGCGAUGGUGGAUGUGGCCACACAGGAUGACCUGACCAAUCGCUGCAUCCACUGUGGGAUCUACUUCCUAGACGAGGUCAUGUAUGCCCUGCACAUGAGUUGCCACGGCGACCAGGGACCAUACCAAUGCAGUUUUUGCCUCCAUGUGUGUGUGGAUCGCUAUGAUUUCACCACACACAUACAGAGGGGCUUACACAGGUACACAGACAAAACGUCACAAAAGAAAGGUCACGGGCAAGACGGCGUGAUUCAGAACGCCACGGUGAUGUCGGAGCACGAGUGUCAAAAUGUGACGCCGGAGGAAAAAGAUGAAGGUGAUCAGAGCGAGAUCACCGAGGAUAGCACUGACGUCAUAGAAGUUAGUCAUGACAGCCAAGCAAAAGAAACUACAGGCAACGAUGCCACUGACAAUGAAACAGAAGUUUUAAAGGAGGUAAGAGGAGAAGGUCAUGACGUAACAAACCAGGAAAUGGGAGAUGAAACGGUGUCAGAUAGUAAUGAUGACAUCACAGAAGCCACAGAGGCCACGACUGUUUCUGAAUCUAAAAACUUAGAUGAGAACACAGAGAGUAAUUAAUCUGACGCCUUUGACUCACACAAACAUUUAAGUGCGCGUGUUAUUGAAUGAAUAAGCUGUCUGCCUCCACGUUCCUGGAGGCUAGCUCAUGUCAAAAUGGCCUAUCCUGGGCACUAAAUGGAACACAUCCUUAUGCUGGAAGCACUCGGCUGUCAAAUGGUCAAAAAUCAUCGUAGGAUCCCGCUGAACUGCUGCAGGGACAGUUUGGAGAAAUAGCCUGAAUCCUGUGUUGAGUGACGGUCACUUGACAGCUCUGUGGCAAGUAUUUAACAACGGAGUCCGGGCAUGCAGCUGAAAUCACCUUUUAAUAAACAGCCACUUCAUGUGCUUUCCAAAUAAGAGGAUUGGAAGCUUGACUGAAAGUUGGACUGGCUUCAUUUUUGAGGAUGAGUUUGAGGAGCUCAGCACUUGCACAGCCACCAUACAGCAGAGCAAAAAAAAAAAAUAAGAAAAAUGCUACAGGCAAAACACUUUAACUGAACUGAGCUGAUCUGUUAUGCACCAUGCUAAACUGAACCACCGAGCUGGGCCAAACUAGUCUGAAGCAUCAUUCAGACUGUUUUAUCUUGGUACAACCAGAUCUGAUCUGGUUAGAACUGCUUUGUUCUGGUCCAGAGCAUGUUUUUAUGCACUGUUUUACUGCUGUGCAAAUGGAUCCAAAACCAAAACUUUUUUUGACUUGUUGAACCUGGUCAGAGUUCAACCAGUUUGUUUCUGCGCUGCAGUUGCUGGUGUUACCUUGGUACAAAAGGAUCAGUUGGUUUCUUUCAUUAGUGCCCUGUUGUUUCUGAAACUGGCACAAAAAAAUAAAACUUGGCCUAAUCACCGCUGCUGCAAAGUGGCCCAAAAUUGGUGAUUGGUUAGGUUUGAUUUGACCGUGACUUAUUGAACUGAUUAAAUCCAGUUUCAACUGGUAAAACCGGUGUAAUUCCGGAACGAAGUGUUCUCCUCAUCCAUUAGGAUGAAACCAAGUGACAUUAUUUUCUACUUUCCUUCGUGCCAUGAUACUAGCUACGUGCCUGGCUGCCUGCCUAAUAGAACAACCAUCUAUUAACCUGCUUAACAUUUAUAUUAAUGAUAAUAAUAAUAAUAAGUAUGAUGUUAUAGUACACAACAUGCAAUUUGCUAAACUUUCCUAUAUAAUGUUAUUUUGUAAAAGCAAAUAAUGCUUUUUUUUUGCAGGAAAUGGUACUAUAAAAAUUAGUCUAUUUGAGUUCUUUACUUUUUGAGCUAUUUGUUGUUUUUGUUCUCAUGGAGACUUGUUACAUUGAUAACAGCCGUCUAAUAGAAAUGGUACUGCAAGAGAGGGGGGGUUGUGUGUAUGUGUGCAUUUGUGUAAUUGCGUUUGUGUGUGUGCGGAUCAAAGGAUGCAUCCGUCCCCAAACGAUGAUGUAAACAUAAUGAAGGCUUGCGCUCGGUAUUUCAGUCCUCAGGGGUCACACGUGUUGCACACCAACCCACCUGUUUCAUAGCAUGUGACACAUCAUUUUUACAUGUUUAACGGUCUGAUGGUUUUAGCAUGUUACAUUAUGUUCUCUUAUACAUAUAUGUUCUUAUCAUGUUCUUUAUGUGUUAAUAGGUCAAAAUGGUCUUAGCAUGUACCUUUAUUUUCUGUAUGUCUUUCACAUGUUGUUAGGUUACAUAGUUUUAUAGAGAGACUUAGUAACUUAGGGAAAUCAACCCUAAAUGUUAUCAUAAGGAUCAAUUAUUUGGGUUAACUGUACAAACUUUUGCUCUGUAUUGAGAUUACAGAGCUUCUCGCCGACAGUGUUUUAUUCAGUAUUUCUGAGAGUUCGGUAGGUUACCUCUAUGUAGCAUGUUAGCGUCUUAUAAAAUCUGCAACAUACUUUGCCUUUUCUAUGGAUGGGAACUGUUAGACCUAAAUAAUACUAAAAAUGUUACUUUUUAUAAUUCACUGAAGUAAAAUGAUCAUGUCAACUCCAACUAACUCAUCCCGCUUCUCUGCCAUUCAUUGCCCACUUUUGGGCUCUAAAUCAGUCUCUUAAGUUAAGAAAAAGACCCGCCUGAUGCCAUAACUGAGUCUUUCUUUAAACCACAUUUUCAUUGACAGUCAGGUCCUUGAAAGUCCCCCUACUCUUCAGAAUGGAGCAACACAAUGGCCAUCUUGUAUAUUUUUAUGACGAGAAAAUCACUUCUCCUGCCUUGCUGCCUUAGUUGCUAGAAAACAAAAAUCACCAAGGGGAAGAAAGUAAUAAUAGGCCGAAAGGAAAUAAAAGACAGGAAGGAAGAAACAAUGAGAACAAGAUAUUUUUUUACGCUUAUCCAAAAGACAUGAAUGGAAAAUAUUCCGCCUAGUGCCUGGUAACUUGUACAGUUUUUCUAAUAAGUAUCUGUCAGUGUCAAAUUGUUAUGUAAGUUAUGAGUCAUGUCAGGCAAAUAAUUCCCAUGUAUCAAUAUGUCAGUCAUCCAUUAUAAAUGCUUGAUUUCAGCCUAGCUGUCUGAUUGGUCAGACACCUGUUCACACUUGGCAUUUUCAGCCCAUGAGAAAGACCCACAUGUGGUUUUAAAAAAUGAAAUUGGUUGCUAUGCUAACUGUCAAUCACUAGUUUGAACUAUCUUUCAUUAUUGCAUGUACGUAAACAACUCUGUAGAAAUGUUGAGACAUAUGCCUCGGUAACUUUUGAAUGAAAGAUGAAAUACCAAGAAGAUGUUCUGUACUGGUUUAUUUGGAGAUGGUAUGCAGUCAUGUCACCAGAGUGCCCAUAUCAUGGUAAAGGUAAAGGUCAUUCUUAGAUGUUAUUAUUCGAGGGAGGAGUUUAUUAUUAAUAUGUUAUAAUACAUUUCCUUGGGAAUUAAGUCAAGACCGUUUUGUGUGCAACAGGUCAAAUUUCACUUUUUUCUUUUUUAAACCAGCAGUGACCUGAGACUCCUUUCUUGCAGAAAUGUUUAAGACACCAAGGCCUUAACACCCAGAAAACCUUUUUAACUAGCACCGUACACAGUACACUGCACACAGUACUGAAUGUCACAUUGAAACGCUAAGAAACCUUUCAAACUGUUGAUGCAACAUCUGUCUUAUCACGGUCACUGUUGAGAGAAGACGUCUCACUGCUGCAGUAUCAAUGCAAAGAAAUCACACCCACACACAUUCACGUGUGCCACCCUUGUGUCCGACACACGUCCCACUCUGGUGUCAUGUGUAGGGAUUUUUUCUUGUUUGCUUAUGACCUUUUACCAUGUAUGGCUCCACUAUUCAUAACACACUGAUGAAUCCAAUUCAAAAAGCAAAGAUAUGUGAUUUGAAUUGUCCUUAUUCUAGGAAAUCUCUUGUGCUAAUGUGUAAUGUUUUUCUUAGAAUAUUACAUUGUUUAUUUUUUAGUUAUGGGCAUCUCUUAAGGGGCUGCUAGCAUAAUGGAAACUGUUUACAUUUGCAAAUGUAGCAAAAAAAGGCAAAUGAGUCCAGCAGUGCUUUCUUAAAAGCCGGAACAAAAAGAAGGAUUGAGUGAUACCUGCCGAGAUGGAUAGAUGGGUGCCUUUGAAGAAUAUGUGGGCAGAAGGUGGAUGAAUAGAGAGAGAAUGGGAUCAAAUGAUGCGUGUAGUGGCUGAUAAAAAGAGGUCUAUGUAUGCCUUUCAUCUCCUAUCUUAUGUUGUCUAUUUACCUCCCUUCAACAUCACUUGUGUCUUUCUCUGUAGUCCAAUUUGACUUCAUCUCUUUCUCUUGAUCUCUCCACCUGAUACUACUACCCUCUGCCACUCAUCUCUUCUGUAUUCCUCCACUAUCCUGAAUCCCUUCUUUUGUUUAAAGGUAUUUUCAGCUGAUAGACAGGUUGAGGGGGUUUAAAUGGGAGUUAGAUGAUUGUGUUGCGCCCAAAAAGCUGAUGUUGACUCAGUUGCCCCAAAACUGACAACCUCAUGAUCACUUUGUCGAGGUUGAAUUAUUUUUCCUACUUGAAUAGGCCUUCAGGUUUGUCGAAAGAAAUUGUCACCAGCAGUCAAAUUUCAAAUACUUGCUCAAAGCAGUGUGAAUUUUCUCAGAUUGAGCUUUCUUUUGCCAACAGUAUUCCCAUUUGAUAAAAAUUCAACAUGAUUUUUUUUUUUUUAAACAGUGAAAGUCGUUUGGUAAAAAUGUCCAUGGGAUUUCUAGAAAACGGCAGGACAAAGAUGUAAAAAAAGGAACAGGAUGUUUGUUUUUUUGUGUUAAA